AGAAAGCCAGCCCAUUCUCUGAUUCCGAAUUCUCGAAUCUCUAUCCCUCACCAAAAGGGUCGUCCGCCAGGCCAUUGUUUUGGAAUUGAAACUGAAAUCGCGACAGGAAGAGAAGAGAAGAAAGUAGAAAUCGAGAGAGGAGAAGAAAUUGAAAUCAGAAAUCGCCGGCACGUUGGCACCGGUAUCGCUCCUCACGGUCACGAUUUCACGGUCUCACGCUCACCUCACCUGUUGUGACGUGUUGGAGCAGGAAGCGAGCAAGAAUUAAACAAAAUUUUGUUGUCGAAAAUUGAGGUUCCUUUCUUGUGUGGAAGAGCUACAACAGAUUGCUCGAAAGGAGGCGGCUUUUCACUUGUAGUGCUCUGUUGAUCACUUGGAAUCGAAGGGUUCAGUUGAUCACGAUCUCCUGUAGCUGUUUGUUGGAUAUCAUAUAUAGCUAGGGUUUGUUGGAUAUCUGGAUUUGGAUAGGUUUCUGCUUGUUAGCAUCUGAUAAUCAGCUGUUGAGAGUUUUUUCUUCUGUUCCUUUUCUGAUUGUACCAUUGGGCUCAAUUAUUAUGGCCCGGGACAUGCUGUACCGAAAAAAUGAUUUAUAGUGACGUUUUGCUUAUUUGUUUUCUUAUUUCUUAUAUGUUCCUGGUUUUCUGAUGAAAAUCUAGGGAAAAGUUUAAGUAGUUUUAAAAUUUUGUUCAUAGCAGACUCAACUUGUUUGAGAAAAUUUUGUUUUUUUUUACUGGGGUAUGGGUAGCCAAGGUUUUAAUAGUCAAACAAAUGGGCCAAGAUUGGGCAUCACAGAGCCAAUAUCUUUGGGGGGGCCAAGCGAGUAUGAUGUAACAAAGACCAAUGAGCUUGAAAAGUUCUUGGCUGAUGCUGGACUGUAUGAGAGUCAGGAAGAGGCCAUAAGCAGGGAAGAGGUUUUGGGACGGCUGGAUCAGAUUGUGAAAAUCUGGGUGAAAAAAGUUAGCCGGGCCAGGGGGUUAAAUGAACAGCUGGUACAGGAAGCUAAUGCCAAAAUUUUCACCUUUGGGUCUUACCGUCUUGGGGUGCAUGGUCCUGGUGCUGAUAUCGAUACACUCUGUGUUGGACCCAGACAUGCAUCACGGGAUGAAGAUUUCUUUGGUGAGCUUAAAAGAAUGCUCUCAGAUAUGCCUGAUGUCACAGAAUUGCAUCCUGUACCUGAGGCUCACGUUCCUGUGAUGAAAUUCAAGUUGAAUGGUGUAUCCAUAGAUCUUCUCUAUGCAAAACUUUCACUUUGGGUCAUACCUGAAGAUUUGGAUAUCUCUCAAGACUCGAUACUGCAGAAUGCAGACGAACAGACGGUUCGGAGUCUUAAUGGAUGCAGAGUUACUGACCAGAUUCUGCGCUUAGUGCCUAACAUUCAGAGUUUUCGCACAACAUUAAGAUGCAUGAGGUUUUGGGCCAAGCGAAGGGGCGUUUACUCAAAUGUUGCAGGAUUCCUAGGUGGCAUAAACUGGGCUUUGCUGGUUGCACGGAUCUGCCAGCUGUACCCUAACGCCCUACCGAAUAUGCUGGUUUCUCGGUUCUUCAGGGUGUACACUCAAUGGCGAUGGCCAAAUCCAGUAAUGCUUUGUGCUAUUGAAGAAGGAUCACUUGGAUUGCAGAUUUGGGAUCCUAGAAGAAACCACAAAGACAAAUACCACUUGAUGCCAAUCAUCACUCCGGCUUAUCCUAGCAUGAACUCUAGCUACAAUGUGUCUUCAAGCACUUUACGUAUAAUGACGGAAGAAUUUAAAAGAGGCCACGAUAUUUGUGAGGCGAUGGAGUUGAACAAUGGUGGUUGGGUUGAGCUUUUUGAACCGUAUCGUUUCUUUGAAGCAUACAGGAAUUAUCUCCAGAUAGAUAUUGGUGCGGAUAACGAUGAGGAUAUGAGGAACUGGAAAGGCUGGGUGGAAUCUCGCGUGCGCUACCUCAUACUAAAGAUUGAGAGGGACACGUUCAAAAUGCUGCAGUGCCACCCACAUCCAGGGGACUUCUCAGACGGGUCAAAUCCUUACCACUGCAGUUACUUUUUAGGUCUUCAAAGGAAAGAAGGCGUUCCUGUGAAUGAAGCCAAGAAGUUUGAUAUUCGGUUGACAGUCGAUGAGUUUAAAGCAAAUGUUGGUUCAUAUUCAUCUUGGAAGCCCGGAAUGGAGAUAAAUGUAACGCAUAUAAAGCGUCGCGACAUUCCCGCUUUUGUUUUUCCUGGUGGUGUUCGACCUGCCAGACCCCCUGCAACUACAAGACGCCCUCAUACUGCUUCAGAAACAAACACCACUACUACUACUACUACUACCAACACCAGUAGUGGUAUUGGUAUUGGUAUUGGUAUGAUUGAUAGGGAAGAUGAUGCAAGGAAACGGAAGCGAGAGGAUGAUGACACGGAGGCUUCUACCAAGUUGCUCAUAGAUGAAGGCAACGGAUUUACUACUGCUACUGCUACUAUUGGUAUUGGUGGUCCAUCUAAUGCUACUGAUACUAAUCAAGUAGUUGGGACAUCUGUGGUGGGUCUGUUGACCUCUAAAGAAGCAGAGGCCGAGAAGCUUGCGAUUGAGAAGUUGAUGUCUGAUCCGUAUCAGACUUCCCCACAACCACAACCACCACCACAACUUGAGGAGUUAGAGGAGCUUGAUGAUAACUGUCACAUGGAGAUGGAAUCUUCAACUUCAACCAAUAAGGAAUUCGCUGUUCCUGUCACAAUCAGCAAUGCAACAGGCGCCUCUUCCAGUUUGCAGUUGAAUGGGAGCUUAGAAGAGCUUGAGCCCCCUGAACUUGUUGUGCCCUUGCCGACUGCAUCUCAUGCUACACCUGCUUCACAGAAAAAGCCAAUUAUCAGGUUCAGUUUUACCUCAUUGGCCAAGGCUACUGGCAACAGCACUUGAUGAUCAUAUCAUGUAAUCCCCCACCCAUAAACCUUUAUGUUCUGUUUGUUGUAUAGUGGUGACUGGUAAAAUGUUGAGAUCAAGUAACAAAUGUUUCUGUCAUUUGGAUUCCCGUGUUCAUGUUUAAUAACUACCUCAAGUAUGAGAUAAUAUAUUAUAUUAUAUUA